AGCAAUUCACUGAGUCAAUAUAGUUCAUGUUGACGGCAACAUAGGCUCUUCUAACUUCCAGAAUGUCCAGAGACAAUGGACUGAUUUGAUAUUGGCCUCACGAAUUUUAAAUGUGUUUUAGGAGAGAAAAUCAUCAAAUGCAUUCACCAAAAGCCUCCCGCUUUGCUGAGGAUGAGUGGACAUUCAAAGUCUGUGACCAAUGGCGUUCUUCGGUGCCAUCUCGUGUAGUACUAGCAUCGGACAGACGGUGGUUUUCGGUUUGAUAUCUGCGUCCGUGUCGUCAUUGUGCAGCGUUGACGAGAGUGUAUGCUGCACUUGCACCACUGUUGUCUACCGCAUGAACUCCUACGAAACAGAGAUCGUAGAGGAUACGGUAACGCCGCCUUUCAUACUCACGACACUGUUUCCCUGGUUAUUUGGAGUCAGGCGAAGGUACUACAACGACGAUGACGACCGCUCUGGUGGCGGUAGAAGCCGACGCCUGCCAAGAGCAAGGUUUCGCAGAGACUCUGACGAGUCGAACAUCACGACGCAAGAAUCCUGCGACUGCUCCUUUUCGAGAACUUUUCAGUUCUUUUUGGGAGCGUUCUUCUUAGCGAGUCUACCCAAUUUGGUGGCGUCAUGCAUCGUGCCAGCGACGCCGGUCACAAACGUUCCGCCACAGACACCGCAAAUCAUUUUUCCACAGCUGCCACCACGCCCGGAACCAGUCACGCCUCUCAUACCGUUCUUAUUACCAGGUGACAGGGGACCAGCCUUUCAUAAGUUAGAAAAUCUAGAAGCCGAUGGUUGCCCAAGGGCUGAAGUCCUUAUAGAAGGGACAUGCGCUAAGCUGCUCGAUUCGGCGCCCCCUUGCCCCCCUCCCGAGUGGAUAGUUCUAAAUGCUACCACCAACCCGUUACAGGGAACUUGUGGCACACGACUGUGCGGCCGAGGUAGAGUGUUCUUGGUGUCUGACCAACUCUGCCAUGACGUCCGAGAACCCGGGAUUUGUCCAGUUGGCAAACGGCUAUACGUCACUGCCUUCGGAAGUCCUGUGUGUGAUUGCUUCGAUGGAGAAAUCCCGGAUGAUGAAGGAGUUUGCCAUCCCAUAAUGAGCCAGGGCCCUUGUUCCGCUGGUGAGAUGUGGGGUCCUGAUCUAAAAAGCUUUUCCUUUAAAUGUCAACCGCGGUUAUGUCCGCCGCACGAAACAGAAUUCCAUGGAAGACCACGCGGCCACGUCCUCUUUGAUGGCAGGUGUCAUUCUUUGGGCUCGGAAGUGCCUUGCGAGCUCGGCGAGGUUUUGGGAUUCUCAUUAUCAAGGCUAAAAGCGGUCUGUACGACCCUUAAAGAAACCAGGUAUGAGAAGUCUUUGGAAACUGCUGCCUUGUUAGAUCGGCUUUAUCCAAGAUUUGCGCCUCCGAGUUUUUCACUCAAUACCCGUGGAAUCUCCAAUGAUGGUUUAGUCAAAAGACAGGUGAGCAACAUAGUAAGCAAUCCUGUAGUUCCAAAUUUGCUCUUAAACAUUUCCCCAACCCCUGGUACAAUUCUGGAAACUCCUCUCCUGACUCAGUGCCGACCUGGGGCUCAGCGAGAUGUAAAUUUCAAAUGCCGUGAUAUCAUAAUAGGUCCCAACAUAGACAAUGUACCUCGAGGUGUCCAUGCACCUCCAGUGCCACCCCUACAGAGCUGUCCUCCUGACCAGUGCUUCAAUGACAUGGCCAAAUGUGUGAGCUGUAACCAGGCUUUGGUGGAUACAUGUGUUCUCAGUGCCACAAUUAGACUUCAGCAAACUUCCUGCCAAGCUUUAGCCACAGGAUUAGGCUAGUGUAACUCAUUUUCAAGCUCGAAGAACUUUCAUGAGAUUUUAAUCUCACGGGUGCUUUGAAAUCCUGAAAAUCUCUGCAUGUUAAGGGCUGCAUUAUAUUAAAAUAGUUCUUGUAUUGCAUACAAUAUUUUCACAUUCAAACCGAAGAUCUCAUGCUUGUAUAACAGGUAAUAAAAUUGUAAGUUGUAUACAAAUUUUUCUACACCACCCAGUUUUCAUGUACAGUAAUAGAUAUGUAUAUCUGAUCAUUUUUACCCAUAAUGGCAUGCUGAGAGCAAACUAGCAUCCUCAUCGCAAUCUCUAACAUGCCUUGUUUCCACUCUUUUCCCACUCACUUUCCACAUAAACAAAAACGCUAUUGAUUACUGGUUCUUGACACUGAUCAAGUACUAGGGUUGGUUACAAAUAUAGAGUAACAAUAGGUGACGUGUUAAUGAGGUGAUUCUAAGUAUUAGUUAUCUGAAGGCUCUAUGGGAGGAGCACAAAAUAUCCAAUGGAAAAAAAGAGAAAAAGAUUGCAUGAUGCAAAACCCAUACA